AUGAUUGUUUUGGGUCUGAUCACCUGUAUCGUGCUGAGAGCAUUCACUGCUCAGGCAAAAGUGGAUGAUAGCUUUGCUGAGUGUUUAUGGUUUUUCUACAAAGAAACAGAACCAAGCGGAAUGGAUCCAGAUGCCAAGAAAAUCUGUCAGAUGCUGAAAAAUGAAGAAUAUGAUUAUACUUAUUGGUACUCUAACAUUUAUUAUGCUACUCUGUACUCGGUUCAUCACAAGAUCCCUCUCUACAGCGCCUACACAUUGGACCCUGCAUGCUUAAUCGAACCUGAAAGGAGAAACAUCUGGCACCUCGAGCCACAGAUUUUUCAUCCUCAAUCACCAAUUCAUUAUAUGGUCCCUGAGAAUCGAUAUACUCAAAACCUUUUUAAAGGAAAUCAAGCCAUCAGCAGUGACUACAGUUACACAGGAUAUGAUCGUGGACACCUGAACCCCAACAGCUUCCAAUAUGAUGACGGCCGAAAAGCGACGUUCACACUGACCAAUGCUGCACCUAUGAUCCGGCGUUUCAAUCAAAAACACUGGAAGAACUGGGAGGGCAAGCUAAGGGAUUAUUUAUUAAAGAAACUUAACAGGUCUCGUAAUUUAGCAACAGCUUUCAUUGUCACAGGUACAGUACCUGAUCCCAAUGUACGGAUACCACACAGGGUAACUUCUGAUGAUCCUCCAAGGGUGACGGUGCCUUCACACAUCUGGACUGCCGUCUGUUAUAAACACCUCUCUAAUGACAAAAAGUCCUUUUCCUUUGGCUAUAUUGGGAGAAAUCACCCUGAAGAGCCUGACAUACGCCUGAUGAGAGUCUCAGACCUGAAUGAUGAACUCAGUGGACUCUACAGUAAGCUCUCAGGGACUAAUCAGUCAAUUCAGAUUUUUGCUGAUGAUUGUUUUGGUGACAAUACUAGAUUAUUUGAGGUUCAAAGCGUUUUUCAGAAAUUCAUUAAUAUACCAGUGAACCAGGUUUUAGGCAUAGAAAAUAUGUGUCCCGCGAUGAAGAGAAAAUUCAGCAGUGACAGUACAUUUUUAAAACAGUUCAAGUUUAACGGGAAUACAGGAAGGAUAUCCUUUGACACCAUGAGCACUUACUACAUUCUGGCAGAGAUGCUGAAGAUUUAUACUGGAAGUGCUUGUCUUAUUACUUAUGCCAAACCACUAAAAUUUGUGCAUGAUGAGCUCAGAAUAAGGGAGGUUUCUGCAUGGUCAGACGCUGUUGAAUGCCUGCUAGUCCCAGAGAAGCAGAUGAUUGCAGCUGAUGGCUCACACUGCUCAAGCCCCUCAGAAUCUGAUUACAACUGUCAAUGCAACACAGGAAGUGAAACCAAGCCCUGCUGCUCCUCUCCCUGCCUUUACCAGGAUGAUCUCAAGGGCUACAGGUGUUACUCAGACCAGACGCCGAUAGAAUGCUCUCCCCGGUACUCACUCAUCACAUAUAAUGGAAAGACUUGCUUGAAUGAUUACCCCUGUGCUACAUAUGGCUAUGACUACUACUGGUGUAAGAUUAGCCUUGGUUAUAUUAAAGAUGACUGGGACUACUGCAGCCCUCCGCUGUGGAACAGUGAGACUAAAAACGGGAAGAAGUGUCGCAGCAUCACCGCCUGUGCAAACUAUGGUUACAAAUAUACAUGGUGCUAUACAGAUGAUGAUGACAACUGGGAUUACUGCUGA